GAGGUGGAGAUCCGGAUCCGGAGCGGCUGAAAGGCGGAAGUGGAGGCCGGAGCCUGGGACACCGCUGGGGGGAGAGGAGCGGAGCCUGUCCGAGCCCCGGCCCCAAGUAACGCCGCCGCCCCGGAGCCGCCUUGGAGGCCCCUCCUCACUAAGUGCCUCUUUGCACAGCACUGGCCCCCGCCCCCACGCUCACCGGCACCACUGCAGCGGGACGGGCCAUGGCGGGUCGGGGAGGUGCAGCACGACCCAACGGACCAGCUGCUGGGAACAAGAUCUGUCAGUUUAAGCUGGUCCUGCUGGGGGAGUCCGCAGUGGGCAAAUCCAGCCUCGUCCUCCGCUUUGUCAAGGGUCAAUUCCACGAGUACCAGGAGAGCACAAUUGGAGCGGCCUUCCUCACACAGACCGUCUGCUUGGACGACACAACAGUCAAGUUUGAGAUCUGGGACACAGCUGGACAGGAGCGGUAUCACAGCCUGGCCCCCAUGUACUAUCGGGGGGCCCAGGCUGCCAUCGUGGUCUACGACAUCACCAACACAGAUACGUUUGCACGGGCCAAGAACUGGGUGAAGGAGUUGCAGAGGCAGGCCAGCCCCAACAUCGUCAUCGCGCUCGCGGGCAACAAGGCCGACCUGGCCAGCAAGAGAGCCGUGGAGUUCCAGGAAGCACAAGCCUAUGCAGAGGACAACAGUUUGCUGUUUAUGGAGACAUCAGCAAAGACUGCGAUGAACGUGAAUGAAAUUUUCAUGGCAAUAGCUAAGAAGCUUCCCAAGAACGAGCCCCAGAAUACAGCUUGUGCUCCGGGCCGGAACCGAGGAGUGGACCUCCAGGAGAACAACCCUGCCAGCCGGAGCCAGUGCUGCAGCAACUGAGCCCCCCUUACCUGCCCACUGCCCCCACCUCCUCCGCCUCAACGACCCGACUGGAAUCCACUCUAACCAAUCGCACUUACCGACUCGGGCCACCACUGGGGGGCAGGGGGAGGGGCCCACCAUGGUUUCUCCAUAUCAUUUUGAUCAUAGGCCGGAGUGAGUUAUUCCACCUGCACCUUUCUGUACAAAUACUAAUUCAAUUUUAAGUCUUAAGUCACUUUUUUAAUAUAUAUGAUCUGCUCUUCCCACUUCUGCCCUUUCUACUGCUCUCCCACUCUUCCUUUGCCGGUAGUAGCCACGUGCCCCUGUUCCCCCCACCCUGGUGUAUGGGGAGGCGGGGGUUGGAGCAGUUCCCCUUCUUUCCCUCUUGCUGAUUAGCGGGCUCAGCAAGAGCAUCCGUAUCCUUAACUGUGUUUGGAGUGCGCUUCGUUCUGGGUGACGGGGCAGGCCCCAGGGGCCAGGGAAGGGGGAGGCAGCUCUUCCCUCAGCUGGCUGUCAUCAGGCUGCAGCGUCCCCUCCCCACCGCCUGACUCACAGCUGGGAGAGAACCCACAGCAUUACCACAGCAUUAUUGUGACAGCCACGAACCCAUUGCCCACAGCCCCCUUCCCCCUCGUCCUUGGUCACCCUGACCUCUGGCUCUGAGCCCUGUUCUGACCAAAUCACAAUGAUGAGUAUUUGGGGGU